UGACAUUCAUUCACUCUCACACACACAAGGGGGAGUGUCUCACUGCUCAGUGCUCAACAAAAGCAAAGCACCAUUAGCGUUGGAAGAGAAGGAGGCAGGAGGAGAGAGGAGACUGCAAUACUAAACACACAAUCCUGUGGAUUUCGUGCUGCACAACAAGGAUAACACAGGUAGAUCUGCUUACAGGAUAUUUUGUGAGAUGUUACAAAGGAUUUAAUUUACAAGUGGUGCCUCUUGGGGAUUUAUUCUUGCACUAAGGACAACAAAGCAAUAGCUUGCCAUGGACAGUAUCUUCAGACGGAUGCUUGGUUGUUGAUUAACUCUUCCAUAUGAAGGUCACAUAAAAUAAAGAUGGCCCUUCCUGACAACUUCAGCUGUAUCAGACAAGUAGAUGACAUUUUACCAUUUCCAGAUAUUAUAGAGCUAAAUGUUGGUGGCCAAGUCUACAUAACCCGUUAUCUCACUUUGGUCAGUGUUCCUGGGUCUCUCCUUUGGGAAAUGUUUUCACAAAAGAAUGCUCAUCUAUUGGCCAGGGACAAUAAAGGUCGCUACUUUUUAGAUCGUGAUGGAUUUCUCUUCCGAUAUGUCUUGGACUACAUGAGGGACCAACAACUGGUGCUUCCUGAACACUUUCCUGAGAGAAGCAGGCUUCAGAGAGAGGCUGAGCAUUUCAAACUCCCAGAGUUAGUCAAAAUUCUGGCACCAAGAGUUAGUAAGCAGAACUCUAUUGUAGAUGAUGCAUUCCAAAGUGACUCUGAGGAACAGUCACCCAAUACUGAGGUUGCCAGGAAUCUAGCAUCUGUCAGUGCUGCUCUGGCUGCUGCUGGGAACCAGAUAAUCAUACCAGACCUCUAUCAGUCUGGUUUCAUUACUAUUGGUUACCGUGGCUCAUAUACAUUGGGCAGAGACAGCCAAACAGAUGCCAAAUUCAGAAGGGUGGCAAGAAUAAUGGUCUGUGGCAAGAUCUCACUAGCUAAAGAAGUUUUUGGUGACACACUUAAUGAGAGUCGUGAUCCAGAUCGACCCCCUGAAAAGUAUACAUCCAGGUACUACCUGAAAUUCAACUUUCUGGAACAAGCAUUUGAUAGGCUGGCUGAUGCUGGAUUUCAUAUGGUUGCCUGUAACUCCACAGGAACAUGUGCCUUUGCUCAUGAUCAAACAGAUGACAAGAUCUGGACAUCUUACACUGAAUACGUUUUCUACCGAGAAGCAGGUACUCUACCGGAUGUAGGCCAGAGGUCAUGGACGGUAACAUUACCCACUCAUGAACCAGCUGAAAAUGUUAUUGAAGAAAAAUUGAACACAACAACACUACUGAUAAAGAAUAAGCAGGAGCCAGACAGUGGAAAUGAGCUCUCCCGCUCCAGCCAUGACAGCCAUGACUCACCUCCAGCUUCUACUGACCUUCCAAUUGAAGAAAUAUUUCAGGAGACAGUCCCUUGUUCUCCACCCCAUGAAGAAAGUUCACCACACCCCAGCAUACAAGACUUAUCCCAGUCUCUCAAUGAUCGUGACCAGGAAAAGGCAUUAGGGUCACAAAGAAACAGCAUGCAGAAUGUGGAAAUGGAAAAUGGCAUAGAGAGCUGCCCAGAGCCGCCACAGCCCAGUGAGCAUAGGAAGGCACUGGAGGUUGAGCUAAUCAAAUGUAUUGAGGAGUUUCGAAAGAUCAGGAUUCCAAUAGUGUUCCCCAACAAGAAACGACAUUGGCAGAAUGAAUUGCUUAGGAAAUAUCAACUAUGAGAAGCAAAAAUUGCUACUUACAAAAGGUCUAUACUUAAAACUCAAUCAGUUGACUGGGAUAUUGCUCUCAGCCAACAUGAUUGUCUAUGCAAAGGGCUAGCCACCUGCAGAAUGCAUUGUUUUUAUAUAAAAAAAAAAUCUGGAAUCAAAUUUCAGGAAGAGACAAUAAUGACAGAGGAUGUUAAAUAACUGUGAAAGCAACACAACAGUCAAUGUUAAGACACAAUUUCACAGAUUAUUUUUAUUUAGUCAUUGUUACAAGAAAGCUGGUGUUUGGGUUUACAACCAAUAUAUUCUAUAACUUCUUUUGGGAAACAUAUAAUUUCCGUUUUACAAGCACUAUAUUUUGCAUAAAUAAAUAGAUGAAAAAUAGAACACAUUUCUUAUUAUUGUUUCUCUCAUAUUACGUUUUAUACGUUUUAUUCUAUACAGAAUUUGUUUUUCCAUCUAAGGAGUGUAGAUGCAAGUACCAAAAGAGAAUGUUGUGCCUUCUUGCUAUAGCACUGAGCAUCUAUUACUAAUGUUGACCAAAUACUGUGAGAUCAAACUUACCAUCCGACAGACCAAUUACCUGAAGUUGCCGUACACUUACUGAUAAUCACAAAUGAUUGCAUUUGUAGAGCAAGCUGGAAAAUAUGGUAAGACUAAUUGAGCAAUAAUUGCUACUCAAUCACGCCCAUACAUUAUGCAAUUGUUGGAACAAAACAGCAAACAAAUUCCCCAGCAUACUGCAAAUAGGCCAACAUAAAAAUAUUUAUAUUCUACUCGAUAAUAACAAUGCAUAGAGUAGAUCUCAGUUACAUUAAUUUGCAUAUAUAUGGCAACCCACCAGGACACAUGCAAAGGCGUCUCUGCUCAUGUGGUCCUACACUACAUAAUAUUACCACUUUGGGUCAAAUAUUUAUGUAUUUCUAAUUAGAGUGUCGAAGUCAAAAAUAUUACAUAAAAAGAACAUACAAACUACACACAUAUGAGUCGCUAUACUUGCAAAUACGCGCAGCAAUAUAUGGUAACACACGCAUUUACACGGACAUGCCACAGAGAUGGAUUCGACACUUAUUUCAUACAGUACAUAACAAUAUCAAGCGCCAGACAUCAUGAUGAUUUAAAAUUAUAUAAUGAAGUAAUGUCAUGUAUGUGUAUUAUUUGAACGAAGCAAGAUAGACCUGUCAUAUUUACUAUUAAAGCAACCAGAUUAAUGUGUAGAUUCAUUUGACACUUGUUAUUAAGUUAUAGGACAUUGCAACAAAUUAUGAUUAAAUGUAUAAAAGCUAAAAUCACUUUUAUUAGAACAAUAGAUAUUCCAAACAGGUAGUGGACAGGAAGCUCAGGCCAGCCCCUUUGAACGUUCCCCAGGCUGAACCUGAUUAGCAUAUACAAAGAGACUAGUGACUCAUCAUAAAUGAGUAAGUUCCCUCCCCCAAACAACUAGAUAACACAUUGCUGAUCACACAGGAAGUCAGUUCCUGUUCUGUCUCGGACGAUGGAGUUCCAGCAUGAUUUUACAGAAAGAGAGUGAUAUGGAGAGACUUUUAUAUGAGAAAGAUAUGGUGAUGUAUUUGCUGUAACUGUAUGUAACU